GGCACCAAGAAAAGCUGCGGCCUUGCGAGUUGCGAUUGCGAGGGCGGAAGGGGAAAGGAAGGAGUGAGGGAGGCGGUGACGCGAGUUUGUUACCGCUGGAGCAUGGGGGCCGCCAUGGCGGUGUGUGCGUGUGGGGGAGAAGGGGAAUAGUAGUAGUAGUAGGAGGAGGAGGAGUAGUUGUUUGGUAGUUGCGUAGUUCUCGUGGGCUUGCGUGCCCUGCCACCCGCGUCCCUAUCCAACCCCCUCGUUGCCCCUGGCAUUCUUUCUUUCUUCCUUCCUCCUUGCCCCCCCGCACGCCUAGUCGCGCUGUGCCUUCCUCCCGCGCCGUCGUCUUCCUCCUCCUCCUCCUCCCGCGACGCGACGGCCAGAUAAGAUUUGGUUUAGGAGGAGGAGCUGCUUGCCUGCCUGGCUGUUUCUUGUUGAGAUCGUCAAGAAAGGAACAGGAAGGAAAAGAGAAAAAAUUGAUUUCUUUCCAUUUUUUUUCCUGCUCUCCCUUCUUGAUUGAUUCUUGCCGAGGUGAUUCGUUGUUGGCGCUGCGUAUUCCUGGUUGGUUUUGCGGUGCCCCGGGGAAUUUCGCUUUCACGGGUUGGGGAUUCCGCUCGGGAAGGGCAUCUGAUUCGCGAUCGGGUUGGAUUAGAUUCUUUGGUGCAACGUAAUCUGAUAAGAACAGAGUGGGGGGAAAAAAAUUAAGAUUGGGAGGAAGAGGAGGAGGUGAUUGGGAGGGGGGCAUCGAUUCUUGGCUGUGCCGUGCGCGGCGUCGGGAAUCGGGGCGGAGGUGAGACCGAUCUCGGCGGGGGUGGGCGUGGCCGUGCCCGCCGCGGCGAUGGCCGACCGGCUGGAUCGGUGGCGCGAGCUCUUCCGUGGGGCCGCCGGCUCCGCCGGAAUCUGCGACGUGAUCGAGAACGCCAUCCUCGUCGCCGCCGCCGACGCGCCGCAGGAGCUCCUGCGCCGCCGCGACCGCAUCUGCGAGAUUCUCUUCACCGCGCCACGCGCCCCGCCGCCCUGCCACCACGGGUGCGGCAGCGCCACCACCCCGACCCCGGCCACGCCCGUGGAGGAGGACAAGGGCAGCGUGCGCCGCGUCCCCGAGAAGCAGAGCAAGGUGGACAGCAGCAGCAACGGCGCCCUCGGUGGGGGCCGCCGUGACGGCCAGGACGAAGACUCUGACUCUGACUCCGACGACGAACGCCUCCGCCGCGCUGCAGCGAGCAACUACGGCCAUAACUACGAUGAUGACGAGGAGGAUGAGGAGGAGCAGCAGGACGCGGCGGCAGAAGAGGAAGAACAAGAGGAGGACCCUGAGACCGUGGAGCUUGAGGCACUCACCAACGAGAUCGACGAGGAGUCUCAGGUCGUCGGGGAGGUACUCCGAAUCAAAGACCUCUUCUUGCACAAGGAGGAUCACUCGGAUGCUACUCUGUUCGAAUCGCUGAGGAGGUUGCAGUUGAUGCAAUUGUCGGUUUCCACGCUGAAGGCUACUGAAAUCGGGAGAGCUGUUAACGGGCUGCGGAAGCACAACUCACAGCAGAUUCGUCACCUUGUCCGCACUCUCAUUGAAGGUUGGAAAGUUUUGGUUGAUGAGUGGGUUAGCACUACAAAUGUUGCCCUUACAGACAACUCCCCGGGCUCUUCAAAAACAUCUGUUGUGGAUGAUGUUGAUGAUGAAGGGCUUCCUUCUCCACCUCUGGAUGAAGGGGCGUUCUUUGCACCCCAGACCACUGCUAUUCAACUCUCUGAGUUCUUUGAUGAAAUGGAUGAAGAUGGAAACUUGAGACAUAACAACGAUGGGAGCCUUGGAAAUAAGAGAGAAAAUAAUGUAAGGAGACCUACAAGCCAUCCAGGUUUGGCAAAGCAAGAGCCUCCCCGUAACAUGGGAGCUGUUGAAAAAGUUCAAUCCAGGAAGCCAGAAUUGCCAAGGCAAGAGCCAUCAUCGAGGCAACCUAACCCACAAAUCCCUCAAAAUUCAAGUUUGCAAGUCAGACACCAGGCCAUGCUCAACAGGCAAUCUAGACCAUUGAGUUCUGAAUCUGGACCUGGGAGACCAUUAAGGGCAGCUCCUCAGCAGAAACCCAUUCCUGAGAUGAAAUCUAGAGUGGCUCGAGAACAGUUUGCUGUUGAAAGAAAACCUGCAGCAAGCCUUGUGAAUAAAUCAAGGCUUCCUGCACAACCUUCGACAGGAGUCAAGCUAGAGUCGGCAAAGCCGAAGAUCUAUGAUAGUUUGGAAAGCAAUGGUAGGCUGGAAGCAGCAAAGAGGAGGCUUCAGGAGCGCUACCAGGAAGCUGAAAAUGCGAAAAAGCAACGCACUAUACAAGUAAUGGAGCUGGGUGACAUACCAAAGCCUAAGCAUCAAAAUAGACAAGCUAUGUUGAAGUCAAGGAAUCACAUUAGAAGUUGGGCAAAUGGUCGGCGAUAAUUCUGCUAUGAAUUUUUUCCCCCUCAUCUAAUGAAUUAUUACCAUGCCUGGCUGGUCAGAACGCAUAUGCAUGCUGAUUUGAAACAGCUGAACUUAGUUCCCAGGGCUAGAAACAGACUUUUUUUUGAACAUAUAAACACCUCUGAUGGGUGGUUUCUUUGAAGAUGCAAGAGUUGCACUGGAUGCAAUCCAAGCAUUCCAAUAAGUAACUUCUUGCAUUUGGGAGAGUUUAGUCAUGUCUGGUUAGUAGGAGAGGGAGCAUGUAGUUCGACCUGCACCGCCUGGUUACUUUCUUCUUUUUCUUCAAAGGAAGUUGUAGAUACUCAGAUAGAAUAAUCGUCAAACAUUUCCGUACAUUCUAUCUGUCCUCAACUUUUACAUGGAUUUAUUCACUGAAACAUUCACAGCUCA